AUGGGCUUCGUGGCAGUAUGCACUGCUCUUUAUGAUUACCAACCGCAAGGUGCCGGCGAGCUUGAGAUCAAAGAGGGGGAACUCUUAUGCAUACUCGAAAAAAGCACCGAGGAUGACUGGUGGAAGGCCAAGAAGAAGGCAGCUGGGGAGGAUGAGGAUGAACCUGAGGGUCUGAUUCCAAACAACUAUGUCGAAGAAGCCAAACCAGUCCAUACCGCCAAAGCUCUUUACGACUAUACCCGGCAGACUGACGAGGAAGUCUCCUUCACAGAAGACGCUACUCUACAGGUCUACGACACCUCAGACCCAGAUUGGACUCUUGUCGGCGUCGGCGACGAUUAUGGCUUUGCACCAGCAAACUACAUUGAGAUCUCUCGAGAUGCACCUCCCACCCCUUCCUCGGCCUCUCAGAGACGAUCCAUCCCUCCUGCGCCCGAGCCGGAGGCGCUGGCUAGCCCGUCAUCCCCUGCGAGAUCAACGCAUGAUCCUGCAGCCAACCUAGCGCGGGUGUUAGGAGGUCAAGCCCCUACAUCGCCUACCUCUGCCCGCCCAGCAGCGACGCCUCCUCGAGUGCAGCUCACGCCAGACCCCUCUGACGAAGAGGAAGAAGAAGCGGCACCUGCACUUCCUCAGAGACCGGUGUCGCAACCUGCGACACUUCCUAUUUCAUACUCGCAGCAAGAUGAAGAAGGGGGAGGCCCACUACCAUCCCCGCCCUAUAACAGAGCCAUCGGACGACCUGACGACGACGCACCCAUUCGAUCCCCGGGUGGGUAUCACCUAUAUAACAUUAACGAGAUGGUGUCGGCCAUGGGACGAAGGCGGAAGAUGCCCACGACUUUGGGCAUUAACAUCGCCACAGGAACCAUCAUGUUGUCUCCCGAAAAGUCAAGAGAUGGCCCGUCACAGGAAUGGACGGCUGAUAGAAUGACACACUAUUCGAUCGAGGGCAAGCACGUCUUCAUAGAGCUCGUCAGGCCUAGUAAGAGCCUGGAUCUCCACGCCGGAGCCAAGGAUACCGCAGAAGAAAUCGUUCGAGCGCUGGGAGAAAUCGCGGGUGCUCAUCGAGCAGAGGGCAUUCGAGAGGUAAUUGAGGCAGCUUCUAGUGGUGGAAGCCACAAGAAGGGACAGGUGCUUUACGACUUCAUGGCCCAGGGGGACGAUGAAGUUACGGUUGGUGUCGGAGAUGAGGUCAUCAUUUUAGACGAUACCAAAUCUGAGGAGUGGUGGAACGUUAGGCGAUUGAAGAAUGGUAAGGAGGGCGUGGUUCCCAGCAGCUAUAUCGAAGUGACCGGUUUUGUCUCUCUUGAGCCGCCAUCACGGAGUGGGUUAAAUGCUGGCCUAAGUUCAGUUGAGCAGAACCGCCUUGAAGAAGAAAGACUCGCCAAGGAAGCCGCAAGAGCUGAUCGGGCACGGCAGCAAGCUGAGCUUUUGAGCUCACGCAGCGAGGUGGGGCCGGGAAUGUCACUCCCUCAGCGCGGAAGUAGUCUCGCAGACGAUCAGACCUCCAGACGAGACCGAAGAGAAAAGGAUGAUCGGAAGAAACGGUCCAAGCCCGACCCGACUAAAGUCAGGACCUGGACGGACCACUCCGGCUCGUUCAAGGUUGAAGCUCAAUUCUUAGGUGUGGCAGAGGGCAAAAUCCAUCUGCACAAGGUCAACGGCGUCAAGAUUGCAGUCCCUGUAACCAAGAUGUCGCCAGAAGACCUUGAGUAUGUUGAACAGGUAACGAACGAAUCGAUCGAGGAGCACAUUCCAGUCGCUGAUUUGAUCAAGAUGAAACGCAGAAGUCAACAGUCAUCUGAGCAGUCCAAAGCGCGCAGUGGUGCCUCGGUAGAGCAACCAAAGGUACCCGAGUACGAUUGGUUUGAUUUUUUCCUGAAAGCAGGUGUUGGGCCACAUCAGUGUGAACGAUACUCGCAGGCCAUGAUUCGUGAUUCAAUGGAUGAAACCGUGUUACCAGAUAUCACGGCCGACACUCUACGGACGCUAGGUCUCAAAGAAGGGGACACGCUCAAGGUCAUGAAAUACCUGGACCAGCGAUUUGGACGAGCGCGGUCUGCCAGCGUGAAUGGUACCAAUGGCGAAGCUGGAGCAGGAGGAAUAUUCUCAGGUCCUGGCGGAGCCUUGCAUAACAACACCCGUAGAGGCAGGCCUGAAGCUAACCGACAGACGAGCGACGUGGUCGACGCCGACGCUUUCGCCAAGAAGGAGGCAGAAAACCUGAGCGAUGCAAAAGCGACACCUCUGACCGAAGCGCCUCCGAGGAAACCAGAAGGUGGAUUCGAUGAUGACGCAUGGACUGUCAAGCAACCCGCGCAGACGCCUGCAGCGAAGCCAGCUUCUGCGGCGCCAACAGCUCCCAAACCGCCUACGGGCGCCUUGCAGGAUUUGUCUUUGCUAGACGCACCCCUUGUACCGACUCCCGCCCAACCACCUGCACCUGCGGUCAGUCAGCCAGCACCAGCACCUCCGCCUGCACCACCGCAACCUCCAGUUAUCCAGGCUCCUCCUGUCCAGCAGCCUCAGCAGACAGGAGCAACUCCACAGUUUUUCUCUGGCCUCCAGCCGCAACAAACAGGGAUACAACCACAGCAGUUCAACCCACCUAGGCAGAGGCCGACAGCACCACAGCAAAGCUUUUCAGGAGCAGGUCUAUUACCACCGCCACCGCGACCAACAUCUGCACCCCAAAACCCUCAGCACAAUCAAUUUGGUCUUCAGCCUCUACAACCUCAACUCACCGGCAUCCCUAAUACUUCGGCACUCCAAGCGCCUCCAGGCCAGAGUCUGAACGAUCUAACACAACAAAGAUUGCAGCAACAAUAUCAGCAGAUGCAAUUGCAAUCACAACCUACUGGGUUCGGUCAAUUCGGUCUUGGUCCACAGCCUACUGGUUUCCAACAGCCUUCCCAGUUCGGACAGUUCCAGCAACCCUAUCUUAAUGGCAAUGCUGCUGGUAGUCCAUUUGCAGACCCUCGCACGUCAUUCCAACCACAGCCGACCGGGAUGCCUUUCCAACCGAAUGCCGCGUCAGGUGGUAUCAACACAGUGCUCCCUCCAGCCCUGCAACCUCAAAGGACGGGUUAUGCGUCUCCAAUCCAACAACAGCAGCCGAACGGGUUUGGCCAAGCUAUACCGCCGCAACCAACGGGAUAUCCGCAGCAACCUCUACAAGCCCAGCCUCCAGCGUUCCAACAGGGAAUUGCACCGCAACCAACGGGAUAUCCACAGCAGCCUCAACCUAUACAAACCCAGCCUACAGGGUUUCAACAGGGAAUUGCACCUCAAGCAACUGGCUCUGGGCAACUACCUCAGCAGAAUGGGUUUCAGAGAUUCUCACCUCCGCCUGUGCCCCCGAUGCCUCAGUUCCCUGCAGCGGCGCCUCUACAACCACAGAAAACAGGGCCAGCUCCUGAUAUCAAAUUUGGAAUGUCCCCAACAAAGAAGUUGACUCCCCAGCCUACUGGACGGCGUGCGAAUCUUGCCAAUGCUAGUAAGUUCAACCCUCUCACAUGUUAUGGGAGCAUAAAAUACUGA